AUGUCGACGAGGUCUGCUGCCAUAUCAUUCCACUGGCCACCGCUGAGCGCCAAUCCGAAUCAAGCUGCGCCUUCAUCCCCCGCCGGUGGCAAAGUAACGCUGCCAAGAUCAACCUCGUCGCACAACAUCAACCUCAUCGACACUCCCGGUCACGCGGACUUCACCUUCGAGGUCCUCCGAUCCCUUCGUAUCCUUGACGGUGCAGUCUGCAUCCUCGACGGAGUUGCUGGUGUCGAAGCCCAAACAGAGCAGGUUUGGAAGCAGGCCAACCAAUAUCAGAUCCCCCGCAUCAUCUUUGUCAACAAGCUCGACCGCGAUGGAGCGGCUUUUGAACGGACUAUCAAAGAGAUUGGCGUCAGGCUGCACGGAUGGCCCGCCGUAUGCCAGAUCCCUUGGUGGAAAGAUGGGACUGGGAAGCUGGUCGGUGUCGGUGAUGCGGUGCAUCUGAGAGGCAUGCUCUGGGAGGAAGGCGGCGACGGCAAGACCGUCAAGUUGCACUCAUUGAAGGAAAUGGAGAAUGUCAACCCCUCGCUGGCGGCCGAGUUAAAGAAGGCACGAAUUGCGCUGGUAGAGCUUCUGAGCGAGCAUGACGAUGAGAUGGUCGAAAAGUUCCUUGAAUAUGACGAGGAUCAUCUUGCCAUACCGAGCUUGGACAUCACUGAAUCUCUCAGAAGAUGUACUCUUCAGAGCCCGCAACGGGUGAUCCCCAUAUUCGCCGGUGCGAGCUUCCGCAACAUUGGAGUCCAGCCACUUCUCGAUGCUGUCGUUGACCUCCUUCCGUCGCCUGAGGAGCGUCCUGAUGCUGGAGUCAAGGUUGGAUCUACCAGUGGAGGCUUAAACGACCUUCUCAGUGGAAAGCUUGCUGUUGCUGCCCAGAAGGGUACACAGCAAAGUAACAAAAAGAACGCUGCAAAGGCGAAGACGCAAGACACAUUACAGCUGUCCAAGCUGCAGGCGUGUGCACUAGCCUUCAAGGUCGUCAACGACAGUAAACGGGGCGUCCUGGUCUAUGUCCGCGUCUACUCGGGCACACUCACGCGGAACACGCUUCUCUUCAACACAAAUCUUAGCCUCACUGAAAAGGUACCAAGAUUGCUGAAGAUGUACGCCAACGAUGCCGUCGAGGUCGACGAAAUCCCCGCCGGCCAGAUCGGUGUGAUACCAGGCCUCAAGCACGCCCGCACUGGCGACACGCUCAUCGUAUACACUGGUGCGAAUCCCAAACACGGCCCUCCCGCACCCAUCAACUCUCUCCAGCUCAGGCCCAUCGCCGUUCCUCCGCCCGUCUUCUUCACGAGCGUCGAGCCGGAUAGCCUCUCCGAAGAAAAGCAUCUCUCGGACACGCUCUCCGUCCUUCUCCGUGAAGACCCCAGCCUGUCCGUCACACUCGACCCGGAGAGCGGGCAGACGCACCUGGCUGGCAUGGGUGAGUUGCACUUGGAGAUUGCGUGCGACAGGCUCCUCAACGACUUCAAGGCCAAAGCCUCGACCGGCUCAAUCGAGAUCGGCUACCGCGAAGCCGUCGUCACCAGCCCCAGCCCCAGCACUGAGUUCUUCUCACGCGAGGUCGGCGGCAAGCUCGCGCGGGCCGGCUGCACCGCCAGCGUCUCUCCUCUCGCCUCCUCCGAAGCCGCCGUCGAAGACACGGAGGAUGACCCGCACACCACCAUCCUCCCGCUCGACUCUCACAACCGCCUCGUCAUCCACCACCCCACCAUCGACACCGCCGGCCGAUCAGUCGAGCCGGACACGCCCGGCCUCCCCGACACGCUCCCGUUCACCACCCUCAUCACCGCGCUGACGACGGGCGCCUCGGCCGCGCUGGCCCGGGGCCCGACGCACCGCUUCCCGCUGCACAGCACGGCCGUGACCAUCACGCUCGACCCGGCCACGCACAUCACGCCCGAGACGACGCCCGCCGCGCUGUCCGGCGCCGCGCGGCAGGCCGUGGCGGCGGCCCUGCGCUCCGCCGCGACCAGCAGCGGCGCCGACGGCAACGCGCUGAUGGAGCCCGUCAUGCGCGUCGCCAUCGCCGUCCCGGACCGCGACCUCGGCGCCGUCGUGCACGACAUCAGCAGCGCGCGCGGCGGGCAGGUCGUGUCCCUCGACGAGGAAGACUCACCUACCUCGUUCGAGACGUCGUCGUCGUCGGCCUUCACGGCCCCGGACAGCAGCACGUCGUCUCGUGCCGAUGAGGAAGACUUGCCGUUCAUCGACCCGCGACAGAUCUACGCGCCGCCAGACCCCUUCGGCAGUAGCAGCGGUGGUGGUUCGAGCGGGGAGGUGCUGGGCGGCAGCCACGAACGCCAGCGGCAGAUCACGGCGCGCGUGCCGCUGAAGGAAAUGGUGGGCUACCUGCGGCACCUGCGCAGCCUGACGAAAGGCCGCGGCACCUUCGUCAUGAGCGUUGAUCGAUUCGAACGUGUGUCCGGGCCGAGGUUGAGGGCGGUGCUGACCGAGCUGAGGGGAGGCGGGUAUUAG